AUGAGCAAUCAAAACUUGAUAAAUGCCAAUAAUCAAAUGGUUCAGCAAAGAAUCAAUGAACUGAACGGUAAGUUGUUAUAAUUUAUGAAUUGUGUUAGAGGUAAUGUAGAUUGUGUUAGAGGUAAUAUAAAGAUUGGUGUGAGGGUUAAUUGUUGUAGGAUAACAUGGUUUUCGUUUAACACUUAUGGCUUUUCUGUUUACGCUUAAGGCGUUUCUGUUUUGUUUAACUUACAUUCGAAAAUGUUCAUUGGAUAAUAUGACUUCUUUCAGAGCGUGUUUCCUUGAUUGUCGAGAACCCGGAGGACAACAAGGUGUUCAAUGACCCUAACUUUUGUGACUACAAGGUUAAAACGGAUGCGAAAACAUUUUACGUUAGUUAUUUUUGUUUGUUUUUUAUUUUUAGGUAUGAUCAUGGAUGUUUUAGUCCAAUUUUAAUGAUUUCAGUUAUUUUGGAUGUUUCCUAUUUUCUAAUAGUUAACUUGACUGUUUCUUAAUGCUUAAACUUAACAACAACAUUAUUCUUCCUAUUUUAGGCAUCAAAACUCAUGUUGGCACAGAAAUCAAACGUUUUCAAGGCAAUGUUCACAUCGGGAAUGCAAGAAUCGCAAGGAGAACUUGUGAUGGGAGACGAUGCGGAUGCAGUGGAAGCAAUGCUUUUGUUCAUUCAUCAGAAUACAUAG